ACAAACGCCGCAUCGGUGUUCUGUUUAUUUGUUGUGAAACUGACGGUUCCUUUUCCUCCCUGGAUCACAAGACCGCUCAGAAUGACCUACCCGCUCUUCACCUGCUUUGUUUUAUGUCUGCUUUGCGUCUGCUCUGCUUCACCGCCGAAUUUCGUCCUGCUCUUCGCGGAUGAUCUGGGAUUCGGGGACUUGGGCUGCUAUGGACACCCCAGUUCGCUGACUCCCAACCUGGACCGCCUCGCUGCAGGAGGACUGAGGUUUACAGAUUUUUACAGCACCAGUCCGGUCUGCAGUCCCUCCAGGGCAUCGUUGCUGACAGGUCGCUACCAGACCCGCUCAGGUAUCUUCCCAGGUGUGUUUUACCCAGGCUCCAUUGGGGGUCUCCCGCUGAAUGAGACCACCAUCGCUGAGGUGCUGAAACCUUUGGGCUAUGUCACAGCUGCUGUGGGGAAGUGGCAUUUGGGAUAUGGGGCCAAUGGGAGGUUUCUCCCGACCAAACAGGGGUUUGACCAGUACUUAGGAAUCCCAUAUUCUCAUGACCAGGGCCCAUGCCACAACUUGACCUGCUUCCCUCCAGAUGUGAAGUGUUUUGGGCUGUGUGAUGUUGGAGUAGUAACCGUCCCGCUGGUCCACAACGACAACAUCAAGCAGCAACCGGCCAACUUCCUUGAUCUGGAAAGGGCGUACAGUGACUUUGCGACCAAUUUUAUAGUCACGUCUGUCAAGGAAAAACAGCCUUUCUUUCUCUACUAUCCAUCCCAUCACACCCACUACCCACAGUAUGCUGGUCCCGGAGCAGCAGGUCGCUCUUUAAGAGGUCCAUUUGGCGAUUCCCUCUAUGAGUUUGACAGCACAAUAGGAAACCUGAUGACAACCUUGGAAAAGAUGGGCGUGAUCAACAACACACUUGUGUUCUUCACUGCUGACAAUGGGCCUGAACUGAUGCGUAUGUCUCGUGGAGGAAACUCAGGCCCUCUGAAAUGUGGCAAAGGAACAACAUAUGAGGGAGGCAUGAGGGAGCCGGCCAUUGCGUUCUGGCCAGGGGUCAUCACACCAGGGGUGACCCACGAGAUGGCCAGCACUCUGGAUAUCCUCCCAACCAUCGCACGGCUAGCAGGUGCCAAACUACCUCCGGUGAUACUGGACGGGUUUGAUAUGACAGAUCUCCUCUUUCACAAAGGAAAGAGUAAAAGGGAGGCAAUGAUGUUCUACCCCACAGAUCCUAAUGAAGAGCGUGGACUGUUUGCUCUGAGAUUGGGAAAGUACAAAGCUCACUUUUACACACGAGGCGCCACCCACAGUGCUACCACCCCCGAUCACGACUGUCCCGGGUUUGCAGUCCUCAAGGCCCACGAUCCACCGCUCAUUUUUGACCUGGAGGCCGACCCCUCGGAGCGCUACCCUCUCCCGCUGGAGGGCAGACCCGACAUCCAAGCUGUGCUGGCGCAGAUAGAGAAAGUAAAGGCGCAGUUUGAGGCUAAUAUGGUUUUUGGAGAGAAUCAGAUAGCAAAAGGAGAGGACCCGAAUCUUGAGCCUUGCUGCACUCCUGGAUGUAGCCCCAAGCCCACCUGUUGCCACUGUUGAUGGGGGUGGGAUGGGUUGUUAAAACAAGGUGGAAGGCCUGCUGCACAAAAUGUAUCCUUGACUCUAAAGAUCAAAGUACAUUAAGGUCCUGUGAAUGUUGAAUUUUGCACUCAUCUGUAACUUUUAGCUUUUGGAGAAACUAUCUUCUCUUGUUACUGAAAAUGAAUAGUACAUUUUCCUCAAUGAGGAGACUUUCUUUUAGUUAGUAUUGACUUAUUUCAGUACUGUAUGUUCUCUAACUUGAAUACAGAUGUCAGAAGAUUUGUACAAUAACUUCCACCUAAAUAUUCCUGCAAAAAAAAAAGUUUAUAAAAAAAAAAUGUUCAAGCCCAAUAAAGACAACAAACAAAGCUUCAGACAUCAAGCAUAUAUUUUAUUCAUAAGACUAAACCCAUGACAAGGCAGAGUGAUUUUUUUAUUAUUUAUUUUGCAAUUUUUCUUCGUUUUUCCUUGAAUUUUAUAAGUCCUUGUUUUUUUGUUUUUUUUAAGGUACAAGAUAGGAUAUGUUGGCUUAUUCACAUACUGUUUUGCUCUAGGUAUACAGUGAUGAAUCUUGUUGAAGUAAUAAAGUCAAAAGUUUGGUUUAACUGUAUUUCUCAGUGGCUAUAUGGAACUAGACCAUCCUCGAAGGCUGUUUUUGUGGAGCUGCUUUGGAAACACUGGGUUUCUUUAACUCGGCUUGAACAAGAUAGAAAAACAUAGUCAGAAGCAAGUAGAUACAUAGGUCGGAGAUGGAUUACGCUGUUGUUGCUGAGAGGCGAUGAUCGCAACAGGCAAGAUGUAAUUAGAUAGCUUUCAGGUGGCAUCUGAGUCGGUUGAACUCUAUAACAGCAUUAGUUGUUAACUUGGUGCAGAGUGUGGCUCUCGCACACCGGCGUCGCCACAGCUCUCGAAUGUGCCCUAAAUGUGCUGCCGAAGCCUGUCUGUGUAAAAAUUACGGAGCCAGCAGGAAAACCUCACUUGAGUGGUAAAAACAUACAACGUUAAAAUUAAAUUAUUGCAGAUCACAUAGAUUUAAGUGUUUUCUUUGCUUUAAGGGAUUUUUGUCUGAUUGUGAUCUUUUUUUUCUUUGAUAUUGAAUUUUUUUUUUUUAAUAAUUUUACAUAUUCAUUUUGUCAACAUACUCAACAUAAAGGACACAGCACUUAGAUUUUCUAUUGUAUAUACAUGACCUAACUGACAGAUAUAUAUAUGUAGAUAAAAGCCUCACUCCUGCCAUGUCAACUUUUACCACUGAAAUCCUGCAGAUCCAGAUCUUGACAGUGACUGAAAGUAGCAGAGAAGGAUGCAAAGUAUCUGGCUGGGAUUAACCAGAACGAUGUUUUGGAGCUGGAAGCCUGAGUUUCAAAUGAACAGAUGACUGCGGUCCCUGUUUCUUUUUUAGGUGUACCUCCUUCGUCCUCUAUCUGAAAAUAAAAUGUACCGCGGUAUUAACAAUAACGGAGCUUAUUGAGUGCAAUAUUUGAAUCUUUAACAAGCCUAGAAGCAUUAAGUAAAUAUGGGGAACUGGCGGCCAUUCUGUAGUUUACACCCCUAUAAAAACUCUCUUUGAAGCUUUAUUAAAAGGCGAGAUUUCACUGUGAUACCUGGACCCCGCAUUCGCCGUCUACUUUGACACAGGUGGCAUGCAGCCACUGUUCGAACCUGUCUCCUUUUCAGAAAUGUCAAAAUAAAAUGACGUGUGAGCCAUUGCAUCGCCUCAGACCACAAUAACUCAAUCAUAACUGUGAGAAUAUGGCUUGUCAGGGGGGCCUCAGCUACCUUCGACCUGAGAAUCACAUCAUCUCCAGCAAGGCAGGUUUUGCGUGUUUUGCUAUCUAAGCUCAAAAGGGCCACAAUCUAAUAAAUAAAUACUUAAAAUAUGAUCAUCUCAAUAAAAUGUCAAUAAAUGCAUUAUAUCAAGAUCAAUAAAGGUUUGAUAUAUAAAUGGGUCACUUAUUGGUAUUAAAGAAUUCAAAA